AUUACUGCAUCUUACCUUUUCUGGAUAUUUAUGGCAAUUAGGUCCAAUUAAUAUCAUCAUCUCACUGAUUUAUGCCUUCUGCUUAUUCUUUCUUUUAUAGUUUCCAAACAUGUGGGAUUUUGACUUUUCUUGAAGCUUCCCCCACAUUCUCUGUUUUCCUCUAAACAACAUCCAUGGAUACCUCUCUUCCACAAUUGCUUUCUCUCUCUGGUACACUUAUUCAAAUUCUCUUUAUGUGUGUGUGUGAUUAUAUAUCUCUCUAUGUAAUGUUCAAUUUAUUUUCGUAUGUUGUUGUUAAAAUGAACACAGAGAUUGAGUCUCGGAUGCAAGUAAUGCGCAUCUCUGCUCUUGAAGAUAACCAAACCGGUGAAACUUUCUCUCAGCGUGCUGAAUGGUUUUACCAGAGACGUCCUCUCCUUCUCUCACUCUGUCAAGAUCUCUCUGACGGUUACGCCACUCUCUUGAACCGUUACAACCAAGCCAAACAACAAAACCCUAAACCUGUUUCUCAUGACAAUGAUACAGACAUCAGUUCUGAAGUUGAGAGCAUCUUGUCUUUUGAACAGACGCAGAUCACAGCUUGUGAUAAGCAGAACGUUGACGAGUUAGUCUCGCAGCUCGUGACCGCAAACUUGGAAAGAGAUAUGGCGCAGGAAGAGUUGCUUCGCGGUGAACAAAAUUUCAGAGAAGCUUUUGAACUUCUCACUUAAUUUGACCGCCAAGUGUAUGCGCUGCAGUCAUCGAGAGAGUCUAGUGUUUAUGAAAAUGUAUCCUCACCGAGCUGCUUUGGGUUGGAUAAGAGCAAGAGAAAGAGCAAGAAGAGAAAGAUGAGUUAAACAAGAAGUGAAGCAGGAGAGAAAAAGAGGAAAUCCAAGUGGUUGAAGAGACUUAACCCGUUUGUCAAAUGCAGCGUUAGCCCACUCCAUCAAUAAAAACUAGUUUACUCUUUACAAUUGAUUUUUUUUUUUUGCAUAUUUUCCUAAUAAUAAUGUAUGCUUAUGUUCUACUUGCCUUGUAAACAUAGCGGUGUGUUCUUGUUUUCUGAACCGUAGUAGACAGU